AUUGAUUCCUAAAAAAGCGCUAGCUUUCGAAUUCGAUUCGAACAGCGCAAGCGCAGCGCUCCUAACAGAAGUCACGAAGAGCGGGGCUUCUGAUUGGCUAGCGGUCGUGGUGCGAAUAAGGCAGCUUCAGCUAUUGGCAGUGCUCGCGCAGCAGCCGCCACAACAACUGGAGUUCCUUAACCUGAUAUUGAAACGUGCUGCUUCCUCAUAAUUCCUGUUGAAAUCAACUGCCCUUUGAGCGAUACAACUAUGUCUUUCAUCGAUAUCAGUGAAGGACGUAUUGCUGUUUCGAGUGGAUCCAAGUCACUUGUAUUUCAAGAGGGUUCUGAUGGACCUAUCGUUCUGGAACUGCCGUCGGUGAGACCGGAGUUGAAGGAGAACAAACCAACAAAACCGGUUGCUGUAGCUGAUGAAUCAAAGAACGUUGUGUUAGGCCUUCGAUUUUCUCCAUGUGGGAAGUGGUUUGCAGUUUAUUCCUCGGCUAAGCAACUGGUUCUUUGGGAAACUGCUAGCUGGACCCUGGCAAGUGAACGCUACAUGCCCAAGACUGCGACCAGUUUGAAGUUCACCCCUGACAGUCAAGAUGUCAUUAUUGUCGAUAAGGCUGGAGAUGCUGUUCAGUUCUCUUUGAAAGAUUUGCUCAAAGAAGGUGAAGUUAUCUUGGGUCAUCUAUCAAUGCUUUUGGAUGUUGUCCUAACUCCAGACGGCAAGAAAAUUAUAACUUGUGAUCGGGAUGAAAAGAUAAGGAUAUCUCAUUAUCCAAAUGCUUAUAAUAUCAUAUCCUACUGUUUGGGUCACAAGGAGUUUGUAUCAUCACUGAAUCUUUUGCCCCAUAAACCAUCUGUUCUUUUGUCUGCUUCGGGAGAUAGUACUAUAAGACUAUGGGAUUUUCUAAGUGGACAGGCACUUGCAUCAUAUGACUGUUCUUUGGAUGUCUCCAAACAAUUGUCAGUGAAUGGAACAUCCUUAACUCAAGUGGAAAAUGACCUAUCCAGUUCUGUUAUUGUGCACAAAGUAUGUUCUUCUAAAAUUAAUGACAAUAGCUCUCUGGUUUGUGUUCUAUUCUAUGGUUACAAUGGUCUUCUUGUAUACAGAAUCAUUGACAAUAAUUUUGAACUUAUUCAAGCUGUACUUGUAGAGGAAACAGUUUUGGAUUUUUGCUUUAGAAUCAAUGGUGAGCUGGUCAUCAGAUUGGCCAAUAAUGUUUUACAGAGCCUUUUGUAUAAAUGUACUGCUACAAACAUAACUUUCUCAUCAAGUUCUGAGAAACCCACAAAGUUUGUUACCAAGAUUAAUGAAAUUUUAGAAAAGGACAAGGAUCAAUUUGUAACCUCUAGCAAUGUACCACAAUUAUUGAAACGCAAAUUCGACAAUGUUAAAGAAUACUAUCAGCAGAAAAAGGCACGUUUAGGAGAACAGUGACCAACUUCAUAUCUUUGUCUGUAUGUGUGUGUCAUAGGGAAACGUUCUAAGAGUAAGAAGAAUGUUGCAACAAAAUAAUUUUGUAUUAUAUAUUAUGCAAUGUACAAUAUAUUCAUAAAAAUAAAUAAUUUAACUAUA